CUCCUUCAUCAUUAUUGUUGAUGCACAUUAGAAGACUUUCUGACUGGCUGUGCAGCAGGACUGGAUGUGAUGAUGGAUCACUCUUUUCUCUGUGUGCUGGGGUUAUUCUUGCUCCGUACGUCCAUUGAUGCUAAUGCUGAAGAAGAUGAAGCCAAAGUCACUCUGACAGCAGACAGUUCAAUCAUACCAGAAGGGGGCAGUGUGACUCUGACCUGUUCUCUGAAGGUUCCUGCAAGAUUCACUUAUGAACUGUACAGAAAUAAUCACGUCAAACUAUCUGAAAAACCAGGAGGAGUUUUUAAGAUCUCAGAAGGAGGCAAAUACACCUGCAGAGGAUUUAGAAGGAUUAGAAGAUACUUCUAUACAUCUUUCAGUAACACAGUCUUUGUUCAGCAAACUGUUUCUAACAGAGUCACCGUCACCCUGCAGCCCAGCUGGACUCUGAUAUACAGAGGUGAGACAAUCACUGCCAGAUGUGAGAUCCAGGAAGGUGGAGGAACUCAGUGGACAUAUGAAUGGAGAACAACCAGGUUAAAUAGACCGCCAUCAUCCAGAGAACACUGGAUCAGCAGAGUUACUGACAGUGGAGACUACAGCUGCCGGGGAAGAAGAGACGAGUUUUAUUUAACACAGUGGAGUGAUGUCGUCUCAGUAACUGUAUCAGCCAGUAAACCCAGAGCCAGUCUGGCAGCAGACAGUUCAAUCCUACCAGCAGGGGGCAGUGUAACACUGACCUGCUCUGUGGACCACUCUGCUGACUGGAAGUUUAACUGGUUCAGAGAUGGGUCAGUCUAUCCUGCAGCUCAGCUCAGAAAUAACAAUGAACCAGGUGGAGUCAUCAGAGUCUCACAGAGAGAUCUGUACCGCUGCAGAGGAGGAAGAGGAGAACCAGUUUUCUACACAGAAGACAGCCAUGACGUCACCAUCGCGGAACCUCUUUCCAUGAAGCCCACAGUGGUCCUGCAGCCCAGCUGGACUCUGAUAUACAGAGGUGAGACAAUCACUGCCAGAUGUGAGAUCCAGGAAGGUGGAGGAACUCAGUGGACGUAUGAAUGGAGACCAACCAGGUUAAAUAGACCUCCAUCAUCCAGAGAACACAGGAUCAGCAGAGUUACUGACAGUGGAGACUACAGCUGCCGGGGAAGAAGAGACGACUUUUAUUUAACACAGUGGAGUGAUGUCGUCUCAGUAACUGUAUCAGCCAGUAAACCCAGAGCCAGACUGGCAGCAGACAGUUCAAUCCUACCAGCAGGGGGCAGUGUAACACUGACCUGCUCUGUGAACCACUCUGCUGACUGGAAGUUUAACUGGUUCAGAGAUGGGUCAGUCUAUCCUGCAGCUCAGCUCAGAAAUAACAAUGAACCAGGUGGAGUCAUCAGAGUCUCACAGGGAGGUCUGUACCGCUGCAGAGGAGGAAGAGGAGAACCAGUUUUCUACACAGAAGACAGCCAUGACGUCACCAUCGAGGGAACUAUUUCCAUGAAGCCCACAGUGGUCCUGCAGCCCAGCUGGACUCUGAUAUACAGAGGUGAGACAAUCACUGCCAGAUGUGAGAUCCAGGAAGGUGGAGGAACUCAGUGGACGUAUGAAUGGAGACCAACCAGGUUAAAUAGACCUCCAUCAUCCAGAGAACACAGGAUCAGCAGAGUUACUGACAGUGGAGACUACAGCUGCCGGGGAAGAAGAGACGAGUUUUAUUUAACACAGUGGAGUGAUGUCGUCUCAGUAACUGUAUCAGCCAGUAAACCCAGAGCCAGUCUGGCAGCAGACAGUUCAAUCCUACCAGCAGGGGGCAGUGUAACACUGACCUGCUCUGUGAACCACUCUGCUGACUGGAAGUUUAACUGGUUCAGAGAUGGGUCAGUCUAUCCUGCAGCUCAGCUCAGAAAUAACAAUGAACCAGGUGGAGUCAUCAGAGUCUCACAGGGAGGUCUGUACCGCUGCAGAGGAGGAAGAGGAGAACCAGUUUUCUACACAGAAGACAGCCAUGACGUCACCAUCGAGGGAACUAUUUCCAUGAAGCCCACAGUGGUCCUGCAGCCCAGCUGGACUCUGAUAUACAGAGGUGAGACAAUCACUGCCAGAUGUGAGAUCCAGGAAGGUGGAGGAACUCAGUGGACGUAUGAAUGGAGACCAACCAGGUUAAAUAGACCUCCAUCAUCCAGAGAACACUGGAUCAUCAGAGUUACUGACAGUGGAGACUACAGCUGCCGGGGAAGAAGAGACGAGUUUUAUUUAACACAGUGGAGUGAUGUCGUCUCAGUAACUGUAUCAGAUAAACCCCGGCCUGUCCUCUCUGUGUCUCCAUCAUGGCUGAGUCCUGGAUCCUCAGUAACUCUGAGAUGUGAGAUUAAACCUCCGUCUGCAGGAUGGAGGUUCUACUGGUAUAAAGCUGUUCCUGAUCUGUUAAACAACAGGUACAGUUAUGAUCUGCUGCCUGGUAGCACUGCUGGGACUGAAGAUGAUUCCUACAUCAUUCAUGGACAAACACACACAGCAGGAUAUGUGUGUAGAGCUGAAAGAGUGGACCGUGUUUAUUCCUCUGAUCACAGUAAACCCACAUUUGUCUGGUCUGAAGAUGUUCAUCCAGCAGCGUCUCUCACAGUGAAUCCUGACAGAGUUCAACACUUCACAUCUGAAUCUGUUUCACUGAACUGUGGAGGAAACUCUGCUGAGUGGAGAGUGAUGAGGUUUACAGAAACACAUCAUCUGUCACGCUGCUCCUCCUGGGGGAGAAUGACUGGAUCCUCAUGUAACAUGAACAUGAACCACAGUGGAGUUUACUGGUGUGAGUCUGGAUCAGGAGAGUUCAGCAACACAGUCAACAUCACUGUACAGAAUGAUGAUGAUGGCGUCAUCCUGGUGAGCCCCGUCCAUCCUGUGACUGAGGGAGCUUCUGUCAGUCUGAGCUGCAGACUGAGAGAACAAAACACACUUUCCAGUGUUUCUUUCUAUCACAAUGACAAACUUCUCCAACAUGAUGGCAGAGAGGAGCUGAACAUCUCUGCAGUGUCACAGUCAGACGAAGGUUUCUACAAGUGUCAACAUGCAGGAAAGACGUCACAACAGAGCUGGAUGUCAGUUACAGCUGUGUCCAGACCUGAAAGCUCUUCAUUUCCUGUGCUGUUGAUGGUUGGAUCAGUUAUUGGAAUCAUAUUAUUGAUUUUCCUGCUCUUGUUGUGUCUCUGCAAACGGUCCAAGGAUUUAUGCUGCAUCAGGUGGAUCCAGUCACAGAGCAGCAGUCAGAGCUCCAGUUCACAUCCUGGAGUCAACCAGAAUGAAACUAACCAGUACAGCUCUCCUCUCCACGAUGCAGAUGAAUCCAGAGAUGGCACAUACUCUCUUAUUGAACUGAAACAUUUUGGGAAAAAGAGGAGGCAUCAUGAACCAGAGGAGAGUUGUGUUUACUCUGAAGUGAAGACAGGAACUGCAGAGUCCACUCCAGUGUACGCUGACAUCAACCAUGAGAAUAAAGGAAAAGCCAAGAGAAAAAACAAAAAGUCCACUCCAGUGUACGCUAACAUCAACCAUGAGAAUAAAGGAAAAGGCAAGAGAAAAAACAAAAAGUCCACUCCAGUGUACGCUGACAUCAACCAUGAGAAUAAAGGAAAAGGCAAGAGAAAAAACAAAAAGUCCACUCCAGUGUACGCUGAAAUCAACCAUGAGAAUAAAGGAAAAGCCAAGAGAAAAAACAAAAGAAAGUGGAGUCCUGCAGCAGGUGAUGCAGCAGUUUAUUCUGAGGUCGGAUUAGGAGCAGCUCUGGAUAACAAUGCUGCCAUGUAGGCUGCAUGCUGUGCUGCUUUAUUCAGGAAAACACAAGACUGAAGAAAACUCAGUAACAUGCAGACGUCUUAGAUAACCUCAUUUGUUCUUCUUCUGUGGUUCUUAGUCUGUGAAGAGAAGCGAAGCAGCAAAGAGAAUCAUUGUAUGAAACUGCUGUUUGUAACUCUGUUAUCCAAAUAUCAGACAUGUUCAGUAGCUUCUGUUUUUAUGAUGCAACAUUUUAUUUAUCCUCUUUAUUUAAGCUCAAAGCUCAAGCUGCUCAUUGUUUAUCAUUUAGGCACUUAGUUACAUUUUAAUGUGUAAAUGGAGCAAAAGAUAAAAGUAAAAUAUGCUUUGUUAUAUCUGCAUUGUAGCUUUAAUUUUUUAAAAUAUGUUUUUUGACAAAUUAUAUGAAAU